AUGGGUGUACGAGGAUUAACAACCUACUUACAAAGUGAUCCAAGAAAUUUUACUGAAUAUCAAUUACAUAAUACAACUGUUAUUAUUGAUGGAUUGAAUUUUUUAAAUUUUCUUUAUUUUGAUUCUGGAUUAUAUACACAAUUUAAUGGAGAAUAUUUAGCAUUCAGUGAAGUAAUUCAUCGUUUUAUUAAUAUAUUAAAACGUUGUCGUAUAAAUCCUAUUUUUGUUCUAGAUGGAUGUCAUGAUCAUUUCAAAUUGAAUACACAAAUGAAAAGAAAUUAUCAACGAAUGCAAACAUGUCGUACAUUAUUAAAUUCUAUUAAAACUUAUAAAUUAUCAUCUACUAAUUCAUUAUAUAAUAUUCAAUUACUUCCACCAUUAACAAUUAUAACAUUUAUUCAAACAUUGAAUAAAUUAAAUAUAGAUUAUAUAACAUGUGAUAAUGAAGCUGAUCAAAUUGUAAUGAGUUUAGGUAUUUAUUUAAAAUGUCCAAUUAUUAGUAAUGAUUCCGAUUUUUAUAUUACUAUACCUAAUCAUUAUGAUCAAAAUCAGGAUCAUCCUGUUCAGGAUCAAUCAAUGGAUCAUGUAUCAUUUUUACCAUUAUCAUUAAUAUCUUUUAAACCAAUGAAUAAUUUAAUUAAAUGUAAUCAUUGUCAACAACAUAAACAAUUAUGUAUAUAUUUAAAUUGUCAAAAAUUUUUAAUAAAUGGACCUGGUUUCAAAAAUUUACCAUAUAAACAACGUUCAUUAUUAGCUUGUUUAUUAGGGAAUGAUUAUAUCUCAUCAAAUAAAUUUUUAAAAGGAUUACCUAUAUCCUAUGGGAAAACAAUAUCAUUAAAUAAUAAUGCUAAUAAACAAAUGAAAUUAAAACGUCGUAAAUUCAUUAUAUUACAAUUAAUUAAUUGGUUAUCUUAUUUUGGCACUAAUAUUGAUAAACCUAUUCAAUGUAUAUUAAAUAAAUAUCCAAAAUUAGAACGUAUUCAAUUAUAUAAUCAAUUAAUGUAUAGUAUAAAUAAUUAUAAUAUCAAUUCAAAAUUAUUAUACACAAUAUUUAAUAAAUAUUUUAAAUCAUUAAAACAAAAUAUAAAUGAUAAUAAUACUAUGGAAUAUAAUACUUGUAGUAUUGAUAGUAGUAGUAGUAGUAGUAGUAAUACAAUGAAAUCUGUUACAACAAUUCCACAACAUUUAUCACCGCUUAAUUCGUCAUAUCCUUCUAAAUACGAUAAGGAGAUGGAUAAAAAUCAAGUAUUAACCAUUGAAGAAGAAGAAGAUGAUGAUGAUGAUGAUAGUCGUAAUACAUGGAAAUCUAUCACAAUUCCACAACACUUAUCACCAUUUAAUUCAUCAUGUUCCUCUGAAUAUGAUGAUGAAAUGGAUAAAAAUCAAGUAUUAAAUAUUGAAGAAGAUGAUGAUGAUGAUGCUGAAGUUGAUGGUCGUAAUACAACAAAUUCCGUCACAAUUCCACAACAUUUAUCACCGCUUAGUUCAUCAUAUCCUUCUGAAUACGAUAAAAAAAUUGAUGAAACUCAAGAAUUGAUUAUUAAACAACAACAAGAAGAUGAUGAUACUGAAGAUAAUAGUCAUAAUACAAUGAAAUCUAUCACAAUUCCACAACCCUUAUCACCUCUUAAUUCAUCCCGUUCUUCUGAAUAUGAUAGUGAAAUGAAUAAAAAUCAAGAAUUGAUUAUUCAAGAAGAAGUCGAUGAUGAUGAUGAUGGUGGUGUUAAUGAAUUGAAUGAACAUCAUACGAAUGAAUCUAUUCAUCAUCAUCAUCAUCAUCACAAUAAUUUAUUUCCAAUAACAUCCUAUUGGCCUAAUGAAUUAUUAAAUUCAUUUAGAAAAUAUUUAAUUUUACCAAUUUAUAUAGAUAGUUUAUUAUCAUAUGGUACAAUAUGUUUAUGUUGUAUAGAAUCAUUAUAUCAUUAUAAAUCUAUUUAUUGUAAUACAAUAUAUCUUCGUACAUUAAUUUAUAAUUUAUUAUUAGGCAUUGAAUCUAAUUAUACAUUACGUUAUCCAAAUCAAUUAAUUGGUUUAAAUCAAUGUAAUCAUACAUUAUAUUAUUAUAUUAUAGAAUAUGAUCGUAAAAAUGCAUUUUAUAUAAAAAAACGUAAAAUAUUUGUUGAACCAAUACAUUUAUUAUCAUUAUAUCAUCAUCAUAGUGAUCAUGAUCAUAAUACUGAUCAUAAUCAUAAUGAUGAAUUAAAUAGAAAAAUAGAUCAACGUUUAAUAUUUCUUCAAUAUUAUUUAAAUCUUGAUUAUAAUUUUAUAAAAUUACAUAAUCAUUGGUUAAUAUCUAUUGCAUUAAUUAAUGUAUUUUAUUAUAAAACUCAAUGUAGAUCACUUGAUACUACUAAUACUACUACUAAUAGUACUACUAAUAAUACUACUAAUCAUAUUGAUGAUAUAACACAAUGUCCUGUAUCCCUUACAUUUGGUGCUAUAUGUAUAUGUACAUAUUUAUUAACAAUUCAUCAUCAUCAUCAUGAUAAUCAUUUAUCAUAUUAUAAAUUAUUAAAUAAACAUUAUUAUAAAUGUGCAAAUUAUUUUCUAAAACAAAUACAUUCUUUGAUAAAUAUUAAUAAAACUAAGAAAAUAAUAAAUAAAAAACAAUUUCAUACAUUAAAUAUAGAUUAUGUACAUAAAUAUGGUCAAUUACAAAUUAUUUAUAUUACAUUAUAUACAUUAAUUCAAUUAUUAGAUACCAUAGUAACAAUUAAUGAAAAAAAUCAAUUAGAAACAUGUUUAAAUUUUUUAUCAAUUUAUUUUAUGUUUCCAAGUGGUUAUUUAUUUCAUAAUAUAUUAUAUUGUAUUAAUUUAAUUCCAUCCAAUACUACUACUAAUACUACUACUACUACUACUACUACUAAUAAUAAUAAUAAUGAACGUUAUCAUUAUGUACGUAAUGUAAUUAUAAAAGAAUUAUUAAAUGAUCAUCCUCAUUCUAAUCAAUAUUUAAAUGAUGCAUUGAAUUUAUUUGAUCAAUAUUUACAAUUAUGUAAUGAUCAAUUCAAUAAUAUAUAUUAUAAAUCUUUAAAAAAAUCAAAUAUUAUUCAUCAUUCAAAUCUAUUAGAUAAUAAUUCGAUAAAACAAAAUUUAUUGACCAUAGCAACAAUAAAUAAAACAACUGAAAUAAAAAUAAAAAAAAGAAAGAAAAAUUGUAAACCAUUAAAACAUAAUAACCGUUGUAAACAAUUAUCAUAUGCUGAAAUAGAAGAAAAAGUUAAAAAAAUUAUGUUAGAAAAUGAUUUAUUUGAUUAAAGAUAAAAAAGUAAAAGAAACAAGAAGAAGAAGAAAAAGAAAAAAAACAACAAAUUAUUAUCACUUGUGUAUAAUGAGAGAAAAAAAAGAAAAGAAUAUUGUAAUUAGUAUUUUUUUUUCUUUUUUGUUUUUGAAAAAAAGAAACAGUAUUUAUUAAAGAAUUUUUUAUUUUUAAUGGUCUAUUUUUCAUGAAUGAAAUUGAUAUUGGAUGUUGUUUUUUUUGUUUAGUUUAAGAUAAUGAAUGAUACAAAUAAGGAUUUACUUUGCUGAAUGACAUACUUACGGUUGUUGGCCUGAAAAUGCCCUGGUAAAGCCGAGAGUGGAGAGAGUUUGUUGUCCCUCUCGAAAUGGUAUCACAUGGUCACGAGUUUAUAGCCUCUGUCAGGGAAGUCCUACUCACUGCCUUCUCGUGGUGGGGGUGUUGUUCACGAAAAUGAGAGGACAAAAAGCUGUUAUCCUCUAUGGGGAAGUUAUUUUAGUUUUGGAAUUUAUGUUACUUAUAAGUAACACAUUUAACUGAGAUGACAUUUUUAAAUACAAGCACAUAAAUUGAACCCAAUCAAAAUUUGAGAAAGGAAAAUCAACUACACUUGGCUACGUGACAGUAAUUGUUAAAUUACGUAACAAUUAUUACAUAUAUCAAACAGCGAUUCUAUGCAAAAGAUCAGUUAGAUUUUUUUACUAGCUUUCCAAAUUGCAUCAGAAGAUGAAAGUAAGAAAAAAAGUAGACUUGAAAAUCUUUAUAUUUCAAUUUUUCAACACUUUAACGAAAUAAUUCGGAAUAUUUCAUCGGAAAUACUGACAUUGAUAGACAUAUGAUGUACUUGCAGCUGUUAUCCAU